AGUCAUGACAGUCAACUACAACUUGGAUGUUUCUUCCGCUUCAAUUUUCUCAUUUCUCCGUCUUCAAUUGCGAUGGAAAGGCUCAAUUUGGAAGUAUCUUCUCAAAGAACUGUUCAUGUUCAUCAUCGCAUUUAUUACAGUUUCUUCAGUCUAUCGGAGUAAUUUGAUAAUUGGCGAAAAAACAAGAAAAAUAUGGGACAAUUUCGCUGCACUUUUCGACCAAAAUAUGGAUUUUAUUCCACUGACAUUUAUGCUUGGUUUCUUUGUAACCAUCAUUGUUCGGCGUUGGAAUGAUAUUUUCGCAAAUCUUGGAUGGGUUGAAAAUACUGCUAUUACUGUGGCCAACUAUAUCAGAGGAACCGAUGAUCGGACAAGAAUGAUUCGUCGUAAUGUUAUUCGAUACAUGGUUCUCGCCCAAGUUCUCGUGUUUCGAGAUUGCUCAAUUCAAGUUCGAAAACGAUUUCCAACCAUGGAAUCUAUUGUCUCAGCAGGUUUCAUGCUCGAACACGAGAAAGAGGCGUUGGACAAUGUGCAAUGUGGAAAGCUCCAAAAGUAUUUUGUUCCAAUUCAGUGGAGUACUGGAUUGCUAGUUGACGCCAGGGCAGAGGGAAAAAUUGCAGCUGAUUUAUUGAUGAAUGAGAUUGGGAAGCAUAUCAUUGAAUUUCGCAAAAUGUUGGCACUUUUGAGUAAUUAUGAUUGGGUUCCAAUUCCAUUGGCUUAUCCUCAGGUCGUUUUCCUUGCUGUGCGAUCCUACUUUUUCAUGGCACUAAUUGCUCGCCAGUCUGUACUUCUUGAUGGAAAGGAACCCGAGCAGCCGAGCAUUCUUUAUCCAACAGUUCCAUUUGUGAUGUCAAUUCUUCAAUUCAUUUUUGUAGUCGGGUGGAUGAAAGUGGCUGAGAGUAUGAUAAAUCCAUUAGGAGAAGAUGACGACGAUUUUGAGUGCAAUUACUUGCUGGAUAGAAAUUUGAUGAUUGGUCUUUGUAUCGUUGACGAUAAUUAUAAUCGAACCCCAUCAGUGGAGAAAGACGCAUUUUGGUGUGCUGAUGUGGAGCCUCUCUAUUCUGUAGAAACUGCAAUGAUUCCGAAAAAUCCACAAAUUGGAUCCGCUGCUAAUUAUGAUGUAAAAGUUGACGAGGAAGAAGUGAUGAUGAUGCCACAUAUGGAUGACGUCGAUCUAUUUGAUUUCGAGUCGACCAACAAUUUGAUUCCACGAAAAACAUUCUCGGUCAUCUCGAUCCAACGACCAUUUGGUAGCCGCGCCAGUCUAGCAUCUCGCAAAAGAAGCAUGAUGUUUGAUCAAUUGAGAGGAAGAAUUGCAAAGAAACAACAUCGCAGUAACAUGUUCCAAAACUCUGUUUCACAGGCUUCUCUUCAUUAUUUUGAAUCCCAGGCUCCGAGCGAGAUAAACCUCUCAACUCUGGAAAUGACAGCACCAAAACGAAAGUCAUCAACUGGAAAACUUGGAUCAAUGAACGUGGCAGAAGAGCAGCACAAACUAUCCGCCGAGGUUCUCCCAAUUGUAAUUGAAGAGGAUGAGGAAAGGUCAAAGAUGCUGGAAAAGGAUAAAAAUAAAAAUGCAUAAAACAUCAUCAUAAUACAAAACUUGUAGAUCUUAAGUUACAAAUGACCGGUUUCCUCCGAGUUCUCCUUUUUAUUAGUAUUUCUCAUUGUUUGGCUAAAAAGUUGUUUCUCAUGUAUUUAUAAUAUCAGUUUCAUGGUUUUAAAAAGUCAAAAAAGGUUUAAUUGUUCACACAACUCAAUUGUUUCAAUCAAUUUUUAAAUGGAGUGCAAUAAAGUGGUUCAACUUCUAAAA